AUGGGUAAGCGAAAAAGAUUGGAAAAUGCGGGAGCUAGCGUUAGAACCGGCAUGAAAAGGAUCAAAUUACAAAAUGAUGGUGAUGUAUUGGAAAUGGAUUCAAGUGAAGCGUCGCGAAAUUCCAUCGGAAAGGGCAAGAAAAAAAUAACAAACUAUUAUGAUAAUAAACUGAAAAUGGGAAUGGAUCGAUAUAUUGGGAUGAGUUAUCAGAAAUUAAAGCGAAUUAUGACUACAGAUGCAAAUUGUGAUCUGCUUGUAGUAGUAGAAAAGCGCCACAUAACGAUUGGAUGGCAUCAGUUGGGAGAAGCUGCUAACGCUAUCAGAUAUAUUUUAAACUCUUCACUUGGUCAGUAUAGGAAAUCAUUAGACGGUAUCUUAUUAGCUGUGGGAAAGGUUGAUAUUGUUGACAAACCGUUUUGUAUCGCUGAUCAACCAUGUAUGCAUAUUGAUUUAAAUGUAAACUGUAUUGUAUUUCGCCCGAAACAAGGCCAUACUUAUAAUUGCGUGGUAGCAGCUGUUGAUAAGAAAUUCGUAACCGCCAAACUACAUAACACGAUAACUUUUUUUGCACGUAUAAAGAACACAGAGAAAUCUCCAGAGAUUGGUGACCAAGUGGCGAUCAAAUUUUCUCACGUCGAAAUCAAAGGUUCAUUGUGCCAAAUAAAGGGAAUGAUAACGUAA